AUGGAGGUAGCCUCGCCCCUGGGAAAUGACUCUGACGACACCCAUGGAUUUUACUUUCACAGUACCUUUUUCAUAAACCAAGGAGUGAAAGAUUUCUUGCACAUUGUUUAUGCCAUGCUACCCAACUCCAGCCAAGGCACCAAGAUGGAGAUUCCCUGCACCUUUUUUGUGCAAGAAGGAGCACCGCGCUCCCCCUGCUUUGUCAGGCAGAUCUCUUCGUGGGCCAAUAACAGCCUGCAGCCAGCCAACCUCAGUGAGCCCAAUGGCACCAUCGUCCAGGUCAGUGAGCGGGCCUCCAAAAGACCACAGAAAAAUGCAAUAGGUGAGGUCUCGGGAGGCUCCACAUGGGCGCCCCAAGGUGGCACAGCAUCUGCACAGUUGGCAUUUGUGAGCACCACAUCCUUCCAAAGUUCCUGUGGCAGAUUCUCCACAGACACCCAGUUGCUGCCUUUCACCUGUACCCAAGGCCUCGUCCUCCAGGACGAGGAUGUAGCUGACUCCCCAUUUACUGAACCCCCAAGUCAGUUCCAGGACCCUAUAGGCCAUCAGGUGGAGGAGCUGGAGCAGCCUUACCUGGGAAGCAAGACAAGUCUGCUCCUGGUGCUGCCCCAUGUCAAAGACACACACUCUGUCUUCUCUGGUUUGUUUUUGUUUUUCAGAUUUAGGAGCCAGGAUCAUUUUGACUUAAAAAGCAUUUUCAGUUCUUGGGAAGUCACUGACCUUUUUGAUCCACUCAAAGCUAACUUGAAAGGAAUGUCAGGCCAAGAUGGCUUUUAUGUUUCUGAAGCAAUCCAGAAAGCAGAGAUUGAGGUUUCUGAGGAAGGCACCAAAACACCUGCAGCCACAGGUCCGAUUCCUAUUUUUAAAGCAGAUGGGCCAUUCAUCUAUUUUUAG